UUGGUGGGCAGGUCGAUGACGAAAGCAAGUUCGGAGAUUCAGAGAUGGAGCAUCGCGCAAUCCGGCUGCUAUAAAAGCUGCGGCCCUCUUGGAGUGGAUCAUCAGUUGGCUUCCAGCUUCCUCAUCUGCUACGUGAAGUUCCCCAGUUUUCAACCCCCAAGCAAGAAACUUCCAGCAAUGAAGAUCUUUGUGUGUCUCCUGGCUGCUUUGGUUGCCACCUCAUCGGCUGGCUUCAUCGGUGGAUCCGGCGGCGGCGGCGGUGGUGGCCACCAGGAGGUGAAGACCAUCCAGGUCAUCCACCAGGAGGGUGGCGGCUACUCCGGCGGUGGUCAUGGCGGCUACUCCGGCGGUGGCCACCAGGAGAUCAAGACCGUCAAGGUCAUCCACCAGGAAGGUGGUGGCUACUCGGGCGGCGGUCAUGGUGGCUACUCGGGCGGUCACGGCGGCUACUCCGGCGGUGGCCAUCAGGAGGUGAAGACCGUGAAGGUUAUCCAUGAGGAGGGUCACGCUCUGGGCGGCGGUGGCGGCUAUGCCGGUGGCUUCUCCGGUCAUGGACAUGGACACGGUGGCCACCAGGAGGUCAAGCUGGUCAAGGUCAUCCACGAGGAGGGCGGUCACGGCGGUCACGGCGGUCACGGCGGUCACGGACAUGGCGGUGGAUACUCGCAUGGCGGAUUUUCGGGCGGUCACCAGGAGGUUAAGACUGUGAAGGUGAUCCACCAGGAAGCUGGCGGUCAUGGUGGCUACUCUGGCGGCGGACAUGGUGGAUACUCCGGUGGUCAUGGAGGCUACUCCGCGGGUGGUCAUCAGGAGAUCAAGACCGUGAAGGUCAUCCAUGAGGAGGGACACGCUCUGGGCGGCGGCGGCGGCUAUGCCGGUGGCUUCUCCGGUCAUGGACAUGGACACGGUGGCCAUCAGGAGGUUAAGACCAUCAAGGUCAUUCACGAGGAGGGCGGUCACAGCCACGGCGGUCACGAUCACGGCCAUGGCGGCGGUUUCGAGGAGGUCAAGACCAUCAAGGUCAUUCACGAGGAGGGCGGACACGGACACGGACACGCCCACGGCCAUGGACCCGCCCCCAUCAGCAUCAGCAACGAGUACCUGCCGCCCAGCAACGAGUACCUUCCCCCAAUUUCCGCUCCACAGCCCGGCUAUCUGCCACCCUCCUCCAGCUGGAAGUGAUUUCGAUUCGAUUCGAUUCGAGCCAUACUGAUCCUUGAGUCUUGUUAAGUAGUUUUAAGCCUCCUUUUUUUUGUACCAACCCAUAUUUUUUUACUGUUGUACCCAUCUUACUUCACCUGUUGAACGAAAAUAUACCAUCUGUAAAUUAUAAAA